AUGGCGGCCGUGCGCUUCCCGCUGCGCGCUAUCGUCUCCCACCCGCGUCCUCCGACCCGGCGCCUCCUCCUGCCGCUCCACGCCCACCUCCUCACCUCCGGCCGCCUCGCCUCCUCCCCGGCCACGCUCACAUCUCUCGUCUCCCUCUACGCGCGCGUCCCGGCCCUCCACGCCCGCCUCCCGCUCCUCCUCUCCCCCACCUCCCCGCUCCCCUGCUUCAACGCCGGGCUCUCCCUGCCCCACCCUCUCGCGCUCUCCGUCUUCCGCCGCCUCCGCCUCGUCCACUCCCCCGACCCGUUCUCCUUCCCUCCGCUCGUCUCCUCCGCUCCGUCCCCGCACCACCUCGUCGCCAUCCACGCGCUCUCCCUCCGCUGCGGCCUCGCCCACGACCUCUUCACCGCCAGCGCCCUGCUCCGUGCCUGCCUCAGGUUCGGCCUUGCCGACCACGCGCACCGCCUGUUUGACGAAUUGCCCUUCCGGGACGUCGUGGUGUGGAACGCGAUGCUCAAUGGGUUUGCGAAGCUCGGAUGCUUCGACCGUGCUAUACAGUUCUUCCUGCAGAUGAGGAGGGAGAGCGGCGUGCUGGAGAUCAGCAGUUUCACCGUCACCGGAGUCCUGUCGGCCUGUACCGCGACAGCGGACUUGCAACGUGGGGCUGCAGUGCACGGAAUGGUGGUGAAGUCUGGAUUUGACCACGAGGCUUCGGUGUGUAACGCGUUGAUGGAUCUUUAUGGCAAGUCCCAUAAGGUGGCCAAUGCAGCGGCAUUGUUUGAGGGCAUGGCAGAGAAUGACAAGGACUUGUUCAGCUGGAACUCAAUGCUGUCGGCAUUGCAGUACUCGGCUGACCAUGUGGGGACAAUGAGGCUAUUUGCAAGGAUGAGGCGUGCCGCAAUAUGGCCGGAUGCAGUGACUGUUGCGGCUGUUCUCCCUGCAUGUGCACAAACUGCAGCCCUGAAGGUUGGGAGGGAGGUGCAUGGGUACAUUGUGACGAGCGGACUGGCUUGCGAUGGUGCACUGGAUGUAUUUGCUUGUAACGCACUGGUUGACAUGUAUGCCAAGAGCGGUGCGCUGGAUGAAGCAUGCCGUGUAUUUGAUUGGAUGAGCCAACAGGACGUGGCGUCAUGGAAUAUUAUGAUCGAUGGGUAUGCAUCCCAUGGGCGUGGGCAAGAGGCACUGAAGUUGUUCCGCCAGAUGACAGAGGUAGAAGGGCUGGUGCCAGAUGAGGUAACCCUAUUGGGCACAAUGUCGGCUUGCAGCCACUCUGGGCUUGUCGAAGAAGGGAGGGGUUUUCUUAAGAGGAUGAAAGAGGAGUUUGGUCUGGACCCACAGCUGGAGCACUAUGCCUGUGUGACUGACAUGCUUGGGCGAGCAGGAAGGCUGGAUGAGGCAAGAAAGGUAGUACAAGAGGCAGGGGAUGUAGGGGCUGGUGCAUGGAGGACAUAUCUUGCAGCAUGCCGGAUGCAUGGUGAUAAAGAAAGGGCCCAAGAGGCAGCUAGGAUGCUGAUGACGACACAGGAGUCUGGGAGUGGUGGAUGGGUGCUGCUAGCAAACACAUUUGGUUGGGAGGGAAGCUUUAAGGAGCUGGAGGAGGUAAGGGGGGAGAUGCGACGGCAAGGAGUGCAGAAGGCUUCACCUGGCUGCAGCUGGAUUGAGGUGGGUGGAGGAAACAGCGGGAGUGCAACAUUGAUGCAUGCUUUUGUUAGCGGUGAUAAGGCACAUCCUGAGGCUGACAUGAUCUAUGAAAUGCUGCACGUGUUGAUAAGUUGGAUGAGGGAUUGCGGUGAUUUGAGCAUCAUUACCCCAUUAUAUGCAAUUGAAUGCUCAUAA